AGGGAUGCAGGAGCGGAGGGGGAAAUAUUGGGACACCUGAACAGUAUGGGUAUUUUCUUCCCGAGUUUAAAGUGGUUUUGAGGAGUUGAAGAGUGUGGAGUAGCCAGCCUUUUUCUCAGUGUUUGUAAGAAUCGAGGGCCGGGGCCGGGGAGGGAGACUUUUGAUUUUUUUUUAUUUUCAACCCUUCCCCUCAAGGGACAGCCCCAGAGAUGCCGGUGAGAGGAGGCGAUCGUUUGCUGCAUUCAGGCCCACUGCUCUCACCUUGGUUUGGGGCCCCAGGCAUGGAAGAGCUGAUAUGGGAACAGUAUACAGUGACCUUACAAAAGGACUCAAAGCGAGGAUUUGGGAUUGCAGUUUCUGGUGGCAGAGAUAACCCUCAUUUUGAAAAUGGCGAAACAUCCAUAGUUGUGUCAGAUGUCCUUGCAGGUGGCCCAGCAGAUGGAUUACUUCAAGAGAAUGAUAGAGUGGUUAUGGUUAAUGGUACACCCAUGGAAAAUGUGCCCCAUUCUUUCGCAGUGCAGCAGUUAAGGAAAAGCGGGAAAGUGGCUGUCAUUGUAGUAAAAAGACCUCGUAAAGUGCAGCUCCCAGCUGUUAGAAGGAGCCCUUCUCUUGAUUAUGACUACCGGGCCUUUGAUGUCAUGGAUGAUCGUGCAGAAUUUGAUGGUAGAAGUGCUCAAAGUGGCUAUAGCGAAAGGAGCUGGCAUAGUGGGAAUGCAGGCCGUAGCCAGAGCUGGGGAGACAACCUUGACAGGGGCUACAGAACUGGCCGGGAGAGGGGGCGCUACCACAGCAGAGAGCGCAGCUACAGCCGGGACCGAAGUCGGGGCCGGAGCAUGGAUAGAGAAAGAAGCUUGGACCGUGAAUACCAAAGACCCCAAAGCAGAGGCAGGAGCGUUGAUAGAAUUGAUGCAUAUGACCGUGGUUAUGAUGGUGGUCGGAGUCUGUCAAGAGAUUAUAGCUGGAGAUCUCGUCCUGAAAUGCCUCAUGAGAAGGAAGCAAGGGGCGGCAGCAGGGACCGGCUUAAUUCCCGCAGUCCUUCACUUGAAUUGCAACACCAGUAUGAAUAUGGAGCACACCAAGACCCAAAUGGCCCAGUUAACGUUCUCCUCACAAAAAGCAGAUCAAAUGAAGAAUAUGGCCUUCGACUUGGUAGUCAGAUUUUUAUCAAGGAAAUGACCAGUAUUGGGCUCGCAACCAAAGAUGGCAAUUUGCACGAAGGGGACAUCAUUCUCAAAAUCAACGGUACAGUGACAGAGAAUAUGUCCUUAUUUGAUGCCAGAAAAUUGAUUGAGAAAUCUAGAGGAAAACUCCAGUUGGUUGUCAUGAGGGACAGAAAACAAACACUAAUCAACAUUCCUUCCCUGCAUGACAGUGAUUCGGAAAUAGAAGAUAUUUCCGAAAUAGAGUCAAACAGGUCUUGCUCCCCUCCGGAUGGCAGAAGAUUGCACCAUUCUGAUUUAGAGUCUCAUUCUUCUAAUGAAAAGCUAAAGCAAAAACCAAGUGCAAAAGAUCCAACAAACAGACUAUCCAAAAUGGGAGCAAUGCCCACUCCUUUUAGGUCAACUGGUGAUCUCACUGCUGCAUUAAUCCCAGAGACAAACAAUGAAUCCAAGUACCAAGAUGAUCCUCCAGUUGCUCAACCAAAGCCAAUCCCAAGAACAUUUCUUCAGCCGAGUCCUGAAGACCUAGCAAUAUAUGGUCCUGGUACAAAGAUGGUGAAGUUCAAGAAAGGAGACAGCGUGGGUAUCAGGUUGGCUGGUGGGAAUGAUGUAGGAAUAUUUGUUGCUGGAAUUCAAGAAGGCACCUCUGCAGAACAGGAAGGUCUACAAGAAGGAGAUCAGAUUCUUAAGGUAAACACUCAAGACUUCAGAGGUAUCAUUCGGGAAGAUGCUGUUCUGUACCUGUUGGAAAUUCCCAAAGGUGAUAUUGUGACAAUUCUGGCCCAGAGCAAAUAUGAUGUUUAUAGAGAUAUAACGGCCUGUGGCAGAGGGGAUUCUUUCUUCAUAAGGACCCAUUUUGAAUGCGAGAAAGAAACCCCACAAAGCUUAGCAUUUACCAGAGGGGAUGUCUUCAGAGUGGUCGAUACACUUUAUGAUGGAAAACUAGGUCACUGGCUGGCUGUGAGAAUUGAGAGUGAAUUGGAAAAGGGUCUGAUUCCAAAUAAAUGCAGGGCUGAACAGAUGGCCAGUGUUCAAAAUGCUCAAAGAGAUGGCUCCAGUGACAGGGCAGAUUUUUGGCGGAUGCGUGGCCAACGGUCCGGAAUGAAAAAGAAUCUAAAGAAGAGCCGUGAAGAUUUGACAGCAAUUGCGUCCGUUAGCACAAAAUUUCCAGCCUAUGAACGAGUUUUGCUCCGGGAGGCUGGUUUUAGGAGGCCUGUAGUGCUGUUCGGUCCCAUUGCAGAUGUAGCAAUGGAGAAGUUGUGCAAUGACUUGCCUGAGCUGUUUCAAGCUGCAAAAACAGAACCUAAAGAUGCAGGUUCAGAGAAGCCCACUGGUGUUGUGCGUUUGAAUACUGUGAGACAAAUUAUUGAGCAGGAUAAACAUGCCCUGUUGGAUGUGACUCCAAAAGCUGUGGAUCUGUUAAACUACACCCAGUGGUUUCCAAUUGUAAUUUUUUUCAACCCAGACAGCAGACAGGGUGUAAAAAUAAUGCGGCAAAGGUUGAUUCCCACAUCUAACAAGAGCUCACGGAAGCUUUAUGAUCAAGCAAACAAGUUGAAGAAGACUUGUUUGCAUCUUUUUACAGCUACCAUCGAUCUAAAUUCAGCCAAUGAUGGUUGGUAUGGCAGCCUGAAAGAUACUAUUCAGCAACAACAGAAUGAAGCAGUUUGGGUUUCAGAAGGAAAGCUGGAAGGAAUGGAUGAUGACAUCGAAGACCGUAUGUCAUACUUAACAGCUAUGGGUGCUGACUAUCUGAGCUGUGACAGCCGACUGGUCAGUGACAUGGAAGACACAGAUGGAGAAGGUGGUGCAUAUACAGACAAUGAGCUUGAUGAGCCAAUCAGUGAGCCCAGAGUUUCUUCAAUUAGUCGGUCCUCUGAGCCUGUGCAGCAUGAGGAGAGUUUAAGGAAAUCCAGCCCAGAACCAAGAACUCAGAUGAGAAGAGCUGUUAGCAGGGAAGUUCUGAGAGAUCCCAGCCCACCUCCGGCAUUCAAGCCUGAACCCCCUAAGGGUAAACUGCAAAACAAAGAAGAUCCAUAUGAUAUCCCUAAGAAUUAUGAAGCCAGAACAAACAGCCCUAAUGGUGGUAGCACUGAAACGUCUGGAGUACCAGCUAAAGUAGCUCCUCCCCCUAUAGCCAUCAAACCUACUUUUGGGCGUCCUAUAUUGAAAUCCUCUCAGCCAUCCAUUCCACCAACUGAAGUGGAGGAUAAAUCUGAGGAAGGUGUACAAGAACAAGAGAACACAACAAAAUCUGUGCUGGGAAAAGUUAAAAUAUUUGAGAAAAUGGACCACAAAGCAAGGCUUCAGAGAAUACAAGAACUGCAAGAAGCACAAAAUGCCAGGGUGGAAAUAGCUCAAAGACACCCAGACAUUUAUGCUGUCCCAAUCAAAAUACAGAAACCAGAGCAGAGCUGGACUCAGACUGCCAGUUCCAGAGCUCCAGAGCCUCAGAAACCACCUGGUAGACCUUAUCUAGAUAAACAAGAAGGUUAUGGCAGUGAUGCAGAAGAAGAAGAAUAUCGACGGCAGCUAUCUGACCAUUCUAAACGUGGAUAUUUCGGACAACCAUCUAGAUACAGGGAUACAGAAUUAUAGUCUUAUUGGCAGCCAAAGCUAUUGCAUUGAGUCACACUUGCAAAGCCAAACUGGAGCACUGGUUACUUUCAAAAGGUAUAUGUAUAUUUGGGGUUACUGAUGAAUGCAAGAUGUAUUUACACACUGGAAUAGCCAAUAUGAGUAUUGGAGGGAAUGAAUCACUGUUGCCCAAAUGCUGUUGCCUAUUUUACAAAAGGACCAAAAUCUAUUUUUAAUGUUUGCAUUAAUUCCUGGCAUUUAUGUAUUUUUAACUUCUUCUCUUCCUCAUUAAAAUUGCCUUUUUAACUAUUUUAAUUAUUGUGACAUGAUGGAAGCUUGACGAAAAGCACAGCGCUUUAGUGCAAAGGAAACAAAAUAAGUGCCUUUCUAAUGAAGUGUCUUCAAUUGUUCUCUAACAUCUGAUGCUUGUGCAAAGCCAUAAUGUUUCUGUUACCUAAGUUUUGUAUGUUUCAUGUCUAUCAUAUUCCCCUUGGAUGUUAUUUUUCUACUUUAAAUAGAGCUGUGUAAAUUUUUUCAUAAGCAUUUACUGUACAUAUGAAAUGGUUACUCUGUAGGCUGGCUGCUACAAGACCAGGGUGCCCCAAGACCGAGACAAUUAUGUAGAAAAUAAAAUGAGAUUAUUUGUGUCUUAAAUCUUUUCAUGAGUAAUGACAAAAUAAAGGGAUAUAUUCUACAAA